CGCAGUCUGGACCGCCACCAGCUUUGUUGGGUUGCUACCUGCUACUGCUAACUAGCAAGUAUUUCCUGCCUCUUACUGGACACAGCUAUGGACAUCGACGCGUUAUUGGAAGCGUUUCAAGAUUAUGAGAAGAAAGGCAAGAAAGAGACCUGUCCUCUUCUGGAGCAGUUUUUGUGUCAUAUUGCCAAGACUGGGCAGCCAAUGAUCCCAUGGUCCCAGUUCAAAGCGUACUUCAUGUUUAAGCUGGAAAAAGUCAUGGAUGAUUUCCAUGCUUCAACACCAGAGCAGAGAGGACCGCAUAAUCCCAACGUAGAGUAUGUUCCUUUUGAAGACAUGAAGAAGAGGAUCUUAAAAAUAGUGGAUGGUUACAAUGGAAUCCCUUUCACUAUCCAGCGUCUAUGUGAACUCCUCACGGAUCCCAAGCGCAACUACACCGGAACAGACAAGUUUCUAAUGGGUUUAGAGAAGAAUGUAAUGGUGGUCAGCUGUGUUCAUCCCACGUCAGAGAAAAAUGGGGCAUCCAGUGUAAACAGGAUGAAUGGAGUGAUGUUUCCUGGUACCUCUUCUCUAUAUUCAGACAGUCGAAAUAUAAAUGGACCAGGCACACCAAAACCACACCCCAGACCAAAGCUGUCAUUGUCAACUUCUCUUUCGACCAACGGGCUCCCUGAGGGUCCAGUCAGUAAAGAUCCAGAGCCAACCACAGAGGAUGCGGAGGAGCAUAAUAUCAGCGAUUCUUCACCAUCAGAAGGGGAAAUAGCACCAAACACUGGGAUAAAGAAUAAACACUCUGAGGAGGAGGAGGAGGAAGAAGAGAAUUCUGAUGCAGACAAACCCGAGGUGAAGAGGCUCAAGUUUGAUGAAAAAGAAGAAGAUGAGACUGAAAGUGCAGAAAAAGAGUCAUCGCCCCGUAAAGGGCCGGAGAGCUCGCCUGAGUCGACAGAGUCUUCACAAGACUCUUCUGGUCAAGAGCAGGAAAGUGGAAAAUCUGGUGACACACCCACUAUUUCAAAGGAUAAUGAGCCGAGCAGCACACCGACAGAAUCUUCAGAAAAAGAAGCAGACCCAUCCGACAGAGGGGAUGAUAAAGACAGCAGCAUGGAUCAGCCUGAGCCGCCUGCUCCAUCAGAGAAAAGUGCAAGUUUGGACGGCGAGAGCAACAGCAGCAGCAGCAGCAGCAGCAGCGAUGGAGAGGGUGUAUCCAGCGACAAGCAGGCCCCCUCCUCUAGUGAUUCCCCUGACUUGUCAACAGAGGGCGAUGCUGACAGUUCAAACAGCACAAACACUGCGACAGAGCCUGUGGAACAUGACUAACACGAAGCCCAGCCCGCCAACAGACUAUUUUACACUGUAUUAUACCACACCAAGGGUAUAUCUGUAGCACUGUGGACCUCUAGACUCCAGGACCAGGAGACAUGUGGAUCCCAAGAUUCCUCACAGAUGGAUCUUUUUUGUCCUCAGUUUCAACUCUUCAAGGCUACACGACACCUGGUCUUUAAACUGGAAGGAAAUGAUUUAAAUGAGAUUACACAGACUCUGCUUUUUUCAGUGUUGACUAAAGUUUUUCUAAUCUGUGUUUCCUGAUUUUUAUAAACAAGAUUUAUAAUUUAACCUUGAUUACUGAUUCAUUUGAAAAUUUAAGUACUCAUUUGGCAUGAAUCUCCAAAAGUUACAUUUGAAAGUUUGAGUUGAUUUGACAUUUCUGAUGAAUGUGUGACACGCUGUUUGCUUUUCCAUAAAGCACAUACCAUAAAAAUGUAUUUCUUAUCCACAUUAAUAUUGUACUUGUUUGAAUUGACCCCUUGAAGGAUAUGAAAAAUGCUACAGUUUUGAGUUUUUACUGUAUUAAGCCAAUGUUAACACAAAUUGCCAGUAGUUACCAGUUUGGUUAGAUAGUAGUCGUAGCUCAAAGAAAACCCUUUCUGCAUCAAAAUCUGUCAACAGAACACAAGGUACUUUUACACUUUCUGUAUGUCAUACCUUUGUUGUACAACUGUCCCUUUUGAUAGCUUGGAUUUAUACAGUAUGUAUCUGUAAAUCAGUUUUUGUAGACUUGUAAUACUUGUCCACUGCCUUCGUAGAUCAGUUCGCUGGAAAUUGAAUGCUUGAGAUUGUAUCAUAGUAUUCAUUGAAAGCAAUAAAUGAUAAAAUUGAAA